AUGUCUGUUGGAACUCCCCAAUUGCAGUACCACGUUCCGUAUUACUCCCAGCCGCUACAGGAUGGUCAGGAUGACAUUCACAGUCACUGGCACGUGAUUCUAACCACCACAGGAAAGCAUUUCUACUUCAACAGCAAGCUCAAAACUUCCCACUGGCAACUACAUGAUAUCAAGACAGUAUACGGGUUUGAGACCGUGGAGUGGGACGAAUUCGUGAAUUGCAUAGAGUAUGACGAGGUGGCAGUGCUAGCUGCCAAGAUCCGUGGCUUGAAAGGUUUGGGACUUCAAAACCAGAACCAGCAACAUAUCGUGGAUGAGAAACAGGAAGAGGCUGUUCCAGAGAAGAUCACUGAGCACUCAGACAACGAAGCCAGUGCAGGAGAGAAUAGUGACGACAAGCAUGAUUCAGACUCAGAGGUUGACGAGGAGGCUCGAGAUGAGUACAUCAGCAAUCUCCUUAAGGAAGAGGGCUUCAUAAAAUCUCCUGAGCCGGAAACAGAACAAUCAGAUGGCGAGAAGCAACAUCCUGCUGGUGGUUUGGUAGGCUACUCGUCAAGCGAAGAAGAAGAAGAAGAAGAAGAGGACGAAGAGGAGAAUGAAGAGCUUGAAGCAUCCGCACUCGAGAAAGAUGGUAAACAAAUUAAUACAGGUGAUGUGUCUGCGCAGGACUCAGAACAACGCCAUGUGGAGGAGGGCUCAGAUUCGGAGGACGAGGUGAAUGCAGAUUUGGACUUGUCGCUUUCCGAUGGUGAAGAUGCAAUUUCUGGAACAAGUCUGAGAGACGAAUUUGUAAGGCUCUUGGAGUCUCUCGGAGGCAAAAUCUCCAUCUACGAUUCGUGGCCCAUGAUAGAGGAGGAAUUGAUCUCUGAAUUGGUGCAGCAUGCUGAAUUUUACUCUGUCAAGAGUAUCCAGGAAAGAGAAGAAAUAUUCAAUGGGUGGGUCCAACAGCAGUUGGGUGAGGUCAAAGCCGAUUCCCCGUCGCCCAUUCAGGAGCCAGAGCCACAAAAGUACCCAUCACCUCCUAUUGAAUACUUCCGAAUUCUCCAGGACUUCAAAUCUGACAUCAAAAAGAUGUAUUAUCAAGAGUUUUUCAAUCAGCAUCAAGAAAGACUUCAAGAAUUGGAGUUAACCAAACGAGAAAAAGAGAAUCUCUACAGAGAAUUCAAGGUGAUGAUCACCGAUUUCUCGCAAUACGAACGCAAGAUUAAAAAGUCCAAGAGUUAUGACCCCAACCAGAACUUGAAGAAAGCGGAAUUGCUUAAGUUUCUCAAACAGAGGAGAAGUACUAUCCAGUCGGUCUUAGCGGCUAAUUCUGCAGCAGAGGGCAUGCAGGUCAACGACCAUUUCGCAAAAUGGAUACUGUUCCUCAAUGCCAACGAGUUUCCUGCUGACAUCGCAGAAAACUGCACCAAUUUCAUUGUUGGUGACGAGAAGCGAUUACAAUGCUACGAGGAGGUGUUCUGUGAUGACAAAUAG